CGGAUGAUGGCCCACGAACUGCAAAAACAGAUAUCUGGGAGUUUGGCAUCGUGUUCCUUCAAAUGGCUUUUGGCUUAAAUGUCACUAGGAAAUAUACGUCACCUAAGGCUAUGCUAGACUCAUUGGAUUUGUCAGACGCUCUUCACGAUUUUAUGCUCAAGCUGUUCAAUCCUGACCCGAAAAAGCGGCCACGAGCUUUUGCACUCAGUGAGUACUCUUGUACAAUUUAGACUUUUUGUCAGAGUCCUGGUCGUCCGUAUAAUGACAAAAUUGGAUAGGCUCAUGCAAAUUUCUUGUUACUGAUGCUCCGAUAAUGGACGAAGAUUCGUCUGCUCUAAUGUUAAGACUUGGUUCCACCUCAUCUUUAGCACCCCUUACUCCACGUAGACCUAGGCAUGAUUCUAUGAGUCUUAGUGGACCUUUCUCAAGAUAUGCUCAUGAUUUUGUGGAGGAAGGUCGCUUAGGGAAAGGGGGGUUUGGAGAGGUGGUAAAAGCAAGGCAAAAACUAGAUGGGCAGAUAUAUGCCAUUAAAAAGAUUACUCAAAAGUCUUCUGCUCAGCUAGAUGAUGUCUUAAAAGAGGCUCGCCUACUUUCCCAACUCAACCACCCUUCUGUUGUCCGUAAGUACUCUUUUUCGUAUAUUUUAUACCAGACGAGCCAAACUUGGAGACCUAUUCCUGUGUUAUUCUUGAUUCCCCAAAUUGUUAAGAGUGGACUGGGAGAAAGAGUGCUCAACUAUUACGAUCCUUUGGCAGAGGAUGAAAAUAAUCACUUUAUCAAAACAUGCUUAUUCUCCCUUAGGUUACUUUAAUACAUGGACAGAAGAGGUUCCUGAUCUUUCUGAGACGGAUGACGAUAAUACGACAACAGAUGCUGCCACUGAAGAAUCUAGUAACGUUUCUCUUGAGGAUCAGAAGCUCAUAUCGAAUUCGGGACUAGUACCGGUGGACUGGAUUUCAUGUCUACCAGCGGAUACCAAGUCGAAUUCGGUUAUGAUGAGGCAAGCGACAGUGAUGAUGAGGAUGAGGAUGACGAUGAGGAUGAAGAUGAUGACGAUGACGAUGACGACGAAUAUUCCGUAGAACGCAACGGACAUCCCCGAAACCGGGGACAUGAGCGUGUUGCUCUAGCACAUAGGGGAAGUAGAUCUAGUCCGCGGCCUUCGCGCCCAUUCAAAACAAUCUUAUACAUAUCUAUGGAAUAUUGUGAGAAGCGAACACUUCGCGAUCUUAUUCGACGAGGACUCUAUAAAAACAACGAGGAAAUAUGGCGUCUUUUCCGUCAGAUCCUCGAAGGUCUUGCCCAUAUACAUAGCUUGAACUUUGUUCACCGCGAUCUCAAGCCGGAGAAUAUUUUUAUCGAUGGUGCCUCUAAUGUUAAAAUAGGCGACCUCGGUUUGGCUACAAGGGGCCAAUACUCUGCAAUCGAUAAAUCGUCAGCUUCUGCGAUGCAGAAUAGUGGGGAUUUAACAAGGAGUAUCGGUACUUUCUCCUAUAUUGCACCCGAAAUUCGAUCAGCAGUCUCUGGGGGUCCAUACACUGGCAAGGUUGACAUGUACUCUCUUGGUGUGAUAUUCUUCGAGAUGUGCUAUACGCCAUUAGUUGGGAUGGAAAGAGUAAGUAUAUUAUUUAUCUAUCUACUUCGCUAAUGACUCCAUAUCAUGCGUUAUGCGUUUCAUUUCAGAGAUCAAAUAGACACACGCGACUAGCCUCUCAUUGUAUAUUUCAAUUCGAUGCUAACUAUAAGUUUAGGCACAAGUCGUUGAUGGUUUACGGAAGAAGGAGCCGUUGCUUCCAGCGAAUUUUGACAAGGCCGAAAAGCCGUUCAGGCAGAUAUUGUUUUGUCCCUACUUAACCAUAAUCCAAAGGAGCGGCCGUCAAGUUCUGAACUUCUUCAGAGUAGGAAGUUACCGGUCCAGAUGGAAAGCGAAACGAUCCGCCAAACUUUAGCUGGUUUAUCCGACUCGAAAUCGCCAUAUCAUCAAAAAAUGAUGAGUGCUCUCUUCUCUAGACCAACAAAACGAGCAAAGGACUAUGCGUGGGAUAUGGGAGUUCCGACACCCAGUGGUAAUGACUUGUUACUUCAAGGGCUCGUGAAGCAAAAGUUAAUUUCCAUUUUCCGCAACCAUGGAGCCGUAGAAACACCGCGAAGUAUUUUGUUCCCAUCAUCUGAUCAUUAUGGUAUCAAUGCUGUCCAAUUAUUAGACAAAAGUGGUACUCUUUUACAGCUACCCUAUGAUCUCACUGUCCCAAAUGCUCGUGCUAUUGCGAAACAUCAACCUCCCGUGGAAAGAUCCUUCGCAUUUGGUACUGUUUUUCGAGAUAAGCACGACGGUGCUACCCCACAAACUUUUAGUGAAGUGGACUUUGAUGUUGUCACUUCAGAUAGCUUAGACCUUGCAUUAAAAGAGGCUGAGGUUAUCAAGGUUCUAGAUGAGAUUGUUGCCAGCUUUCCAUCUCUACCUUCGUCCCAAAUGUGCUUCCAUAUAAAUCAUGCAGAUUUACUUGGUCUAAUCUUCGACUUCUGUCGCAUCGAACCCAGUAUACGACAAGCUGCAGCCGAUACACUUAGUAAAUUAAAUGUACAGCAAUGGACAUGGCAGAAGAUACGAGCAGAACUUCGAUCACCAUUGGUAGGGGUACGUAUUAAUAACAGAAAGUGCAGAUCCGUCACCAAACUAUCCGUCUACUUUCUCCUUACAUUUUCAGACUUUCUGAAUAAUCAUUACUGAGAUUCUCCAUUCAAGUGAAAUUACUUGCUAACCCAAACUUAGGUAUCCGCCACUAGCGUCGAGGAUCUUCAACGAUUUGAUUUCAGAGAUACUCCCAGCAAAGCUUUUCAAAAGCUAAAAGUAAUCUUCGAAGGUACCGAGAUGUUCGAAAAGGCCUCUUCUUCUAUCGCGCAUCUACGUGAUGUGAUCGAGUAUGUGUUCCAAUUUUUCUGGUGUCUUUCAACUAAGCAUCGCUAAUGUGCCAGUACAGAUAUACAAAACGUUUUGAGGUCCAGAGAAAGAUUUAUGUCCAUCCUCUAGGAAGUCUAAAAGAGAAAUUUUACAAGGGUGGCGUACUUUUCUCUUGUUUGUAUGACAGAAAGGUCCGAGAUGUAUUUGCAGCAGGAGGUCGAUAUGAUUCUUUGAUCCGAGAAAACCGUCAUCACAAGAAUAUCAAUGAGGAACGACAUGCUGUGGGUUUCAAUCUAGCAUGGGAAAAGAUGGCUAGGCUUCCAAAGUCGAACUCAAAAGGUUUCUUAAAGAGGCCCGAUGAGGAAGUACAGGGUAUCUGGAGCACAAAAAGAGUCAGUACCACCGCAUUCAUCCUUCUCAGCUGGAUGAGCUUCGCGUAUUUUUUCAGAGAGCCACAGCUAAUUUGCUCAAUAGUGCGAUGUACUCGUUGCAAGUCAUGAUGCAGCGAUACUGAGAUCAACCGGAGUUGAGCUUGUCUCAAACUUAUGGUCGCAUGACAUAAGUGCCGAGCUAGCACGAGACUCACGUUCCCCGGAAGAUCUUCUUUCUAAAUACCGAGAUGAUAGUUAUUCUUGGAUAGUUAUUAUCAAGCAAGAUUCCGUGGUGAGAUGCAAGACUACUGGCAGAAAGGAUAUACCUGAUGCCGAUAUUCCUUCUACGCAAUUAGUUUCAUGGCUUCGUGGUGAAAUGCGUGAGAGGGAUCAGAGGGAAGGAACAUACAAUCGGGCAAAGUAAGUGUGUCUGGAAGUCUCCAAAAUAUGAGGAUAUUAAUGCAUUUAUUAGACUAUCUCGCCAUCAUAGUCAACCCGACACAGGACCGAGUGAGCAUGAGCAGGACGUACGAGUUUUGUUCGCCGGUACGAAGAGCAAGAAGUCAAAUAGAAGAAGUAUUGUAGACCAAGCUCAAGGUAGAGCAGCAACGCGUGAGUUAUAAUUUCUUAAUCCUCAGUGCUCUAGAAGACGCAUAUUAACGUUUCCACCCUAGUCGUUCAAUCUUUCUUAGACGGCCCUAUCGCUGCCAUUGAAACAACAGACCACGUAGGUCACUCUCUCCAUAUGCAUCCCUCAUUAAACACCUCUCCUGUAGCCUUUCGUCUCCUCUCGCUUCAUGGUAUCUCAUCAUUCAUUUUAAUAACACUUUCUCUCCCUAGGUAAUGGAUUUCAUCCGUGAAACCAAACUCUCGGAUCCCGACUCCUGGCGUAAAGUCACCCAUUCAGUCCCCACGACCGAACGUCGCUACAUAGGUGAGAUUCAUGAUUUGAUGAGCACUCUGGCUUUUCAAAAUAAAGACAUCACAAGAAAUGCGUUUGUUUAUAAUUUUAGAACGGGAACGUGUAUUUAUUAUGAUUUGGGCGCUUAAUUUUAGUAGAGAGAAGGAGGGGUCAGUGGAAGAAGGAAGAGGGAGGAAGGGCGUUGUAAUUUGUAUGUAUAUAGAUACCCGGGUAUAAAUUUCAAUAUAUUGGCAAGAUUUCCUUUGCAAUUGUCGAGAUGGGAUUUUUUGUGUUUACUAUAUGCAAUCGGGUGU